AUGGCCACCUUCAGACCCCACCUGAAGCCCAAGAUCACCCAAAAGGGGACCAAAAGGUUAAUCCAGCACCAGUCAGAACAAUAUGUCAAAAUUAAGCAGAACUGGCGGAAACCGAGAGGCAAUGAUGACAGGGUGUGCGGGAGAUUCAAAGGCCAGAUCUUGAUGCCCAGCAUCAGUUACGAGAGGAACAAGAAAACAAGGUAUAUGCUGCCCAGCGGCUUCGGGAAGUACCUCAUCCACAAUGUCAAGGAGCUUGAAGUACUGCUGAUGGACAAAAAAUCUUACUGUGCUGAGACUGCUCACAAUGUCUCCUCCAGGAACCACAAGGCCAUUGUGAAAAGAGCAGCCCAGCUGGCCAUCAGAAUCACCAAUCCCAACACCAGCCUGCACAAUGAAGAAAAUGAAUAG